CUGCGUGCUCCUGCGUCCGGUGUGCGGGCCUUCGACCUUGCGGAUCCGAUUUGCCACCACUGCACUGUCUCUGCCGAUGGGCCUGACAUCCCGGCCCAAGCCUCUGUGGCGGUCUCCUCCACGCUGGGCGGCCGGUCCCACCACCAUUCGGUCUCCCGGCCAGGGCCGGUCCAAAGUGCUCCUGCACCUAUGCUGCUCCACGAUCCUGCGCUGCCACUCUCACUUCAGCCAGAAGCUGCUCCACUGGAUCCAUCCUCUGGGCCUUAA